ACCCUGCAAAUCUCCGCCGGCUGAGUGUGCUGGCCCGUCCAUCGUUAGCUUUGUCCUUAUCCCACACGGCGCAUCGAUAAUUUGGAUAUUUUUUAGAACGCCGUUGUAUUUUAUUGUGUUUUGUUUAUCGUAUUAUUGCUUCCCGUUGACAAUGGCUGAUCCUAAAUACGCAAACUUACCUGGAAUUGCUUUUAACGAGCCAGACGUGUACGAGACGGGAGACCUUCCGGAGGAUGACCAGGCUCAGUUUGAGUCGGAGCUGGAGGAGCUUUGCAGCGACAGUGUGGAGAGGAUUGUUGUCAACCCCAAUGCAGCAUAUGACAAGUUCAAAGACAAACAUGUCAGCACCAAGGGACUUGACUUCUCAGACAAAAUCAGUAGAAGUAGAAGGACGGGCUACGAGUCAGGAGAAUUUGAAAUUCUUGGAGAAGGUUGUGGCGUGAAGGAGACGCCUCAGCAGAAGUAUCAGCGGCUUGUUAAUGAGAUCCAAGAACUCAUUCAGGAUGUGGACACCAUCCAGGCUGCUGCAAAAGAGAGUACUUCAGAGGAGCGCCUCACUCCGGUGGUUCUUGCCCAGCAGGCGGCGCAGCUCAAACAGCAGCUGGUGUCCGCUCAUCUGGAUUCACUGCUGGGGCCACAGGCUCACAUCAAUCUGGCUGAUCCAGAUGGAGCACUAGCCAGGCGUCUGCUCACCCAGCUGGAGGUGGCUAAGAGCAGCCGUGGCAGCUCUGCAGUAGAUGUCAAACCCACUUCUUCAACAAAAGGUCCAGAUGGAGUGGUGCUCUAUGAGUUACACAGCAGACCAGAGCAGGAAAAAUUCAACGAGUCUGCCAAGAUGGCAGAACUGGAGAAGCGUCUGGCUCAGUUGGAGUUGGCUGUUGGCUCAGGAUCAGACAAGCAGGGACCUUUGAAUGCUGGUGUACAAGGAGCCAGUUUGAUGGACACCAUCGAGCUCCUGCAGGCGAGAGUCAGUGCACUGGACUCUGCUACUCUGGAUCAAGUGGAGGCAAGACUGCAGAGUGUCCUUGGGAAGAUGAAUGAGAUUGCAAAACACAAGUCAGCGAUUGAAGAUGCUGAAACACAAAACAAGGUGUCGCAGCUGUACGACGUGGUGCAGAAGUGGGACGCUGUGUCCACUUCUGUACCUCAGGUGGUGCAGAGGCUCGUCGCUGUGAAGGAGCUGCAUGAGCAAGCCAUGCAGUUUGGCCAGCUGCUGACUCACCUGGACACAACUCAGCAGAUGAUCAACAACUCUCUGAAAGACAACACCACUCUGCUAACACAGGUCCAGCAGACGAUGAAGGAAAAUCUGGUGGCUAUUGAAGAGAACUUUACAGCACUUGAUCAGAGGAUGAAGAUGAUUUCAAAAUAAAUGUUUGCAAUUUCAAUCGCUCCAGAAGAGACGAAAAUACGGACAUUAAUAUUUGGUUGGAGAGCACAGAUGGAAGCGGUGUGGGGUGCAGCCUUGUCCUUUCUGGAAGUCCCUCUCUUGCUCUCGACUUCUGCCUCAGCCUUUUUUCACUAAGUGGGAUGUUAGAAAGUUGAGAAGAUGGAAAAACAAAAAGGAGACCAAAUGUUUGUUAAAAUGUCCAAUUUAUAUUCCUCUUCCUUUCACUUGCAUCAAACUGAUAUUUAAAAAUGUCUGUGAUUCUCUACAUGAAUGACACUGAUUGCUGUCCCUUGUUGGGGCUCGUCAAGUUUUAGAUUGGACUCUUUAAUUUUAUUGACAUAGGAAAUCAUUCCAUUCCUUUUGGAGAUGUACACUAAAGGUGAAUUUGUACUU